AUGGGGAACGUGGCUCCACAAACUAUAAUCACCGAUCAAGACAUUGCUAUCGGAAACGCCAUUGCCGAAGUUUUGCCUAACACAAAAUUUGGUGAAAAAUUGUCGCAUUUAUAUGCAAAUCAUGAAUACUUCAAAGAAGAUUUCAACUCUUGCAUCUACAAGUCACUAACGGUUGCACAAUUCAAAGAUUGGUGGGAGGAAUUAGUUGAAAAAUACGAUUUGAUGAACCAUUCUUGGUUACAAGAUAUGUUCUCCGUUCGACACAAGUGGGUCAGUGUCUACACUAAACUUCACUUCACAACCGGGAUGACCACUAGCUCCAAAAGUGAGUCAAUGAAUUCUUUCUUCGAUGAAUUUGUCAAUGCUAGUACCGGUUUGAAAGAGUUUAUAGAGAAUUCAAGUAAAGCGUUGGAGAAACAAUAUUUACGUAAAAGAGAGGCUGAUUAUCAAACAAAGAACAAGGAAAGGUCCAAAAUAACAUCAUCAUCUGGGGAGAGUCAUGCGGCAUCUACUUACACGAAAGAAAUGUUUAGACAUUUUCAACACGAACUCAAAGAAAGUGGAGCUUAUGUCGUGAUAUGGAAAGAGAGCAAUGCAAUUUACAAGCAUUACGAGGCAUACAAAACAACGGUCCAAGAGGAGUAUAGAAAAUACUAUGUUUUGAUCGUCACCGAGAAUGGCACCAUAACUUUUGUUUGUCGAAAAUUUGAAAGCAAUGAAAGAGUGGGAGCCUUACAACACAAACGUCCUAAGAUUGGUAAUUUUCUUCAGUCACAACACGCCCGAUACAAUACUUUAUGCAAAGCAUUCCAAGAUUUAGCAGCUCGCGGAAGUUGUCCAAUAGCGAGAUACAAUUAUCUCAUGAGUGUGAUUGAAAAAGAAUCGAAUUUUAUUGAAAGUUUUUCGAAUGAGAGUGGGAAAAAACGUGCGUGUGAGGAAGAAGAUGAUGCACAUGAGGUCGGGGAUGAUGAUGAUGACGAAAAUUUUAAUGAUUUGAGAAAUCCUAUAUUAUCUCAAACCAAAGGACAUAAAAAAAAUGGGUGA